AUGCGGCAACAGGGUACGGUGUUCGAUCGUGUCAUCCAGGAGGUUUGCGAUGGCUCCCAGGUGGACUUUGAAGAAAGUGGAGUGGAUCAACAGACGCUUUUAGAUCUGCGCAAGAGCUGGCAAAAGAAGCUAUCUUCGUUGGGCGUCGCUCAUUUCCCUUGGGAUCCCCCACCACCGCAACAAGCCCCUCCCAGCCAAACCCAGCAACAAAUACUCCCUCCCACUACCACUGUCCCCUCUAACGCCCCUCGACCUGCUCCAUCCCCUCAUCCAUCCCAACAACAUGUUCCUCCUCCGCAGCAACCCAUGCCGCAAUCCAUGCCCAACACGGUUCCCCCCAUGCAAGCUCCCGCCCCGGUAGGUGUACCCCCUCAGCCAAUGGGGCACCUUCCACCGAUCAAGACGGAGCCUGGGGUCAACAAUCAGCCAGGAAUGAUGCCCAUGAACAACAAUAACAUGAUGCCACCAAGUGGUUCGACCCCUCAAUCUGCUCAGCAACGGGCCGCUGACAUGCUUCGUCAACGCUAUGGAGCGGCGGCUGCCAACUCGGUCAGCCAGUUGCAGGCUCAGUCGCAGGCAGCCAUGGGUAUGCCGGGCCAGCCACGCCCACCCAACAUGCAGCAUAUUCCCAAUGGCCAGGCGCCUCAGAUCAAGCAAGAGCCGGGCUACUCACCUGCUCCCCGCCCUUCCCUAGGGAAUGCUCAAACCGAUGGUGCCGGAGACGCGCUUUCCGACUGGAAGGCAGAAGUCGCCCGCCGGCGUGAAGCCGCACAACGUCAGAACGGAGAGGGCGAUCGUCUGUUGCGAGAACACAUCCAACAACGCAUGAUCCAGUUUGAGGGUGGAGGCCUGAUGGUACCCUUGGAAGAACGUCAGACCACCUCAGCACGUGGCCUCUCACUCAAUCAACUAAGCGCAACGGAAGCGCAACCUUCGGCUGUUCCCAAGGCCCAGUUUGACGGGCCAGGUGGUGACGAUGAAAGGGAAGAGGAUGAUGAAGAUGCCAUCAACUCUGAUCUCGAUGACCCGGAUGACCUUGUUGCCGAAGAGCACGACGGGGAUGAGUCCAUGGGGCAAGUCAUGCUUUGCACCUACGACAAAGUGCAAAGAGUAAAGAACAAGUGGAAGUGUACGCUGAAGGACGGUAUCCUGACCACGGGAGGCAAAGAAUAUGUUUUCCAUAAAGGCCAAGGCGAAUUUGAAUGGUGA